AGUAGUAGUAGUAGUAGUAGUAGUAGUAGUAGUAGUAGUAGUAGUAGUAGUAGUAGUAGUAGUAGUAGUAGUAGUAGUAGUAGUAGUAGUAGUAGUAGUAGUAGUAGUAGUAGUAGUAGUAGUAGUAGUAGUAGUAGUAGUAGUAGUAGUAGUAGUAGUAGUAGUAGUAGUAGUAGUAGUAGUAGUAGUAGUAGUAGUAGUAGUAGUAGUAGUAGUAGUAGUAGUAGUAGUAGUAGUAGUAGUAGUAGUAGUAGUAGUAGUAGUAGUAGUAGUAGUAGUAGUAGUAGUAGUAGUAGUAGUAGUAGUAGUAGUAGUAGUAGUAGUAGUAGUAGUAGUAGUAGUAGUAGUAGUAGUAGUAGUAGUAGUAGUAGUAGUAGUAGUAGUAGUAGUAGUAGUAGUAGUAGUAGUAGUAGUAGUAGUAGUAGUAGUAGUAGUAGUAGUAGUAGUAGUAGUAGUAGUAGUAGUAGUAGUAGUAGUAGUAGUAGUAGUAGUAGUAGUAGUAGUAGUAGUAGUAGUAGUAGUAGUAGUAGUAGUAGUAGUAGUAGUAGUAGUAGUAGUAGUAGUAGUAGUAGUAGUAGUAGUAGUAGUAGUAGUAGUAGUAGUAGUAGUAGUAGUAGUAGUAGUAGUAGUAGUAGUAGUAGUAGUAGUAGUAGUAGUAGUAGUAGUAGUAGUAGUAGUAGUAGUAGUAGUAGUAGUAGUAGUAGUAGUAGUAGUAGUAGUAGUAGUAGUAGUAGUAGUAGUAGUAGUAGUAGUAGUAGUAGUAGUAGUAGUAGUAGUAGUAGUAGUAGUAGUAGUAGUAGUAGUAGUAGUAGUAGUAGUAGUAGUAGUAGUAGUAGUAGUAGUAGUAGUAGUAGUAGUAGUAGUAGUAGUAGUAGUAGUAGUAGUAGUAGUAGUAGUAGUAGUAGUAGUAGUAGUAGUAGUAGUAGUAGUAGUAGUAGUAGUAGUAGUAGUAGUAGUAGUAGUAGUAGUAGUAGUAGUAGUAGUAGUAGUAGUAGUAGUAGUAGUAGUAGUAGUAGUAGUAGUAGUAGUAGUAGUAGUAGUAGUAGUAGUAGUAGUAGUAGUAGUAGUAGUAGUAGUAGUAGUAGUAGUAGUAGUAGUAGUAGUAGU